CACAUGACAACAACCAUGGCUGCCCCCUGCUCGCUAGUGUGUUGUGGAGAAGAGAGAGAUGACGACAAAGCUGUUAUUGUCCGUUUUUCAAACGGCAGCGUCAGAAAUGCAGACAACCUAGAUUUCACGAUGUACAAGAACGCAGAUGAGAAUAACCCCAGAAAAAGGAGCAGACGGAUAUUGGUUGCUGAAUCAGACAGACUGUCCUAUGUUGGAAAUAAUUUUGCAGCGGGGUCACUGAAAUGCAACAACCUUUGCAAUUAUUAUGUUGGAGUGUUGAACAAACAGACCAUGCAAAUGGAGGUGCACAACGCUCAGCUCUUCAACAUGCAACCUGUUAUACCAGGAGAGACAACAGAUGCUGCAAAACCCCAGGACACUACUCAGACCUUCAGAGACAAGGUUGACUCUUUGAUUGAGGCGUUUGGCACCAACAAACAGAAAAGAGCUUUGAGCUCCCGCAGGCUGAAUCAGGUUGGCAGCGACACCCUGCACCAAGCAGUGGCUAAGGCUGCCAACACUGUGAUCAACCAGAAGGGUGUGGAAGCUCUCCAACAGGAAGUUGUUGAGACAGAGUCCCAAGGAGACCUGGCUCUCCAUCUGCCCCCUUGCAAUACAGAUGCAGACAUACCUGAGAACGUCUACCUAUUUGACGAUCUCCUGAGUCCAGUGGACUUUGGUGCUUUGGAGCAGGCUGGUUCCAAGAUGGCAGCACUCACCCCCGAGGAGCUGCAGAAGAUGACAAAUGACGGAGGGUGUCUGUGUGUUGUGAAGCAAUUAGAGAAAAUGCCAACCGUAGGUGAAGCCAGAGAUAAAGUGGCACGCUGCGCCUUUUACCUUUCCCUGCUGCUCAAACUGGCACAGGAGAGGAACCUUACCCGCAAAUUCGGGCAGGAGGAGGGCUGCCCUCGCAUCAUUCAGAGCAAACUGUUCAAAACAUUCACCGUGGAGACUUUUAAAAAUGGCAGGGUCCUGAACAUGGUGUCAACAUCAAUGCGAGCCAAAAUAGCAGCUUACUCCCUGGCCCUGCUGCUGCAUAUGGGUCACAUGACUGCUGACCUCACAUUACUGCACCGUGACCUUGGAAUCACGGAGUCCAGAAUAAUUGAAGUUGCAAAGUCAAUGGGACUGACCCUAACUAAACCGGGUCGGGGGAAGACUCAGGAGGCUGGACUACGAGACGAACACAGGCAGGCAUCUCUUGUUCUACCUCUUGUCAAAUAUGAUCAGUUCAUGGAGAGACGGAAACGCAAGAAAAUGCACUGAAGACCGUAACAAGGGAAGACAAGAACUGGAUAAAGAGACAUGACUAAGAAUUGGAAACGCCACAAACAAGAACUGUUUAUUGAUGAAUUUCGUAGACAAAUAAAAUGGUCGACUUUGAGUUAUA